UUUCGACCGUGCUGCACAAGUCCAGCACCGAGAUUCAGACAUGUUCUAUCCAGUUGAGCCCGUCUUGCGGGGUUUGAGAUAUUGCGACAGCGUAUGAAACCCCAUCACCAAGUACGGGCUGAGCCAUGAAGGUAAUUUUUGUCCUAUGUGGCUUUACUGGCCCACCGUCGUCGUAGGUUUAGACAUACUCCAACGCUGGACUUUAUUUUCGUGUCCAACAGGGUUGAGAGUCAAAGCAAACUUUGUCGGAUGGUAUAAAAGGACCAACUAUCUCAGUGCUAGGCACUCUCUAUCUUCCACUUCCACUCUCAACUCUCCUUCUAUUCAACACCCUCCUCAUCGGACCUGAAUCCCACCAGCACCAUCAUGGAUCCGUUCAACAAGUUACCGCCCGAACUCCGAGAGGAGAUUCUCAUCGCCACCAACUCUAAGCGUUCAAUUCUGCAGCUCAUCCGAGCCUCGCCCACCAUGCUUGGACAGUACGUGCAUUCCAAAAAAUUUAUCGAGCCCAAACUAUUUGACAUUGAUGCCGAGUUCGACGACGAUAUGCUUAACGAUGCCAUAGCAAUUAUCCGGUUUCCACGCCAUAGAGAUGGUGGCCUGUUUUGGCCUGCUAUGGAUCACGAGGAAUUAUGGUUGGAGGGCUGGUUUGUCAGCACCUGGAAGAAGGACAGGAGUCCUAUUGAGGGUGAAAUCAGUCGACUGUAUCACCGGCUGGUCGUGUUUGUUAGGGAUUACCUCACGAAAGCAACAGCUGCUUGCCCCGCCCGGGAGUAUUGGUGUCUCCCACACCAAGGAGGCCAGUUGACGUUUAAAGACCGUGCUUACGAAGUGAUCAGUAAGUUCUGCUACUUUGCUGGUGUGAAGCUAUGGCUUUGGUGUCACAGGUACUAUUCAGUACAGGAAUUACUCACGGGCCGCCUCCGACAGUGGGAGAAAGAAGCUAUAGUCUGCGUUGAGGAGUACCUCCAAUCUCUUUACAGGGCUGUGCUUAUCCAAUGCGGUAACUCUCAGCUACCGGAAACCUCUGCCGCUCGGCAUAUCUCUCACGCUCCCGAUGCCAGAGAAUGGGAAGGCUAUGAGCUGAUCGCUCUAGAAUAUAUUGAAAGCGAGUAUUAUGGUCGCCAUAAAUUAAAUAGGACGCUCACCUUGAAUUUGUACGAACUUUGCCAAUGGCUGGCCUGCUUCGGGUUGGAUCUGGCCACCAUCGUUGUUCAAGGAGCCACAGGUGGACAACAUGCACGGGCUAUAGUUGGGGAAUGGCUAAAAGAUCUCGCAAAAAGGGGCCCACAAUGUGGCUUCUUUCGCUCACUGGAUUAUGCACAAACUGUGUCCUCCGUGCUUAGAAGCGGUAUCACCUUCCGGGACCACAUGCAAGAUUGGAGUGGAGUGAAUGAGCAGGACAAGUAUCUCAAGCUGUACAGGUCUCGAGCAUGGGUAUUUCUCGACGACGCCCGCCUCUUCAAAUCGGACGGCGAGGGGCCGCACUUCCCAGCGGACGAUAUUGUCUUUCCCCACAUCCGAUUCAACGACAUCAUCGGUCCCCGGCUGUAUAUAAACCUCUCGAGCCGCGAUCCCAGAGCUAAAAAGUGGACGGCGACGGAGGAGGCUAGGCAUUUAUCUCAACUGCUCUCGCUCCAGGAGACUUCCACAGUCAGAAGUGCCCGAUCAACCAAAGACCCCUGA